CUGGAACUACAAGUCGAGGAAAUAUGUCGUCAUCACUGUGCGCGUGGUACAAAACCGCAAAUACAUGUGAAGAAUGACGAUAUCGAUCAGUGGAGGAAGCGUGUGGAGAUGGCCUCAGAGUUUGCUGUAUCUGAAGUCUUCUCCCAAAAGAAACCUCAUUCGGGCACCAGCAGUCUCUCCAUGCCUCUGCACAGCUCGGACCAGUUAAGAGACCACGAUGACGCUUACGGUGAAGCCCAGGCUCUUCUUGGAGAUUGGCUGGGCUCCAAGUUACGUCUGGAGCUAGAGAUGGAGGAGGAGGAUGACCUGAUGUCCUCCGCAGGGAGGAGAAGCCCUGCUGCCCUGGCUAGUCCUCAGCCUCCUAUCCCAAACUACAACAACUUUGAAGAUCUUUACAACUGCCUGGCCGAAGAAGAAGAGCACCGUGCUGUUAGCAGCUUCCUUCAGGACCUGAUGGAGCAAAAGGUGCUGGACUCUAGGGUGAUGGAGGAGCUUGCUCUGGAUGUCGGACAAACAAGACAGAAGUUUAGAGACCCGAUCGUUACCAUGGAAGCCCGCCAUAGGAAGGUGAGAGAGAACAGGGCUCAGCGGGAGGCUGAGAGGCAGAGGCAACAGAAAGAGAGGGAGGCUCUGCAAGGGGCGAGAGAGGAGGCUAAAAGGAGGGCGCAAGAGGAGGAGAAGAGGAAGAGGCAGGAGGCACAGAGGCAGGAGGAGAUGGUGCAGAAGGAAAUGGUGAGGCUGCGGCGUCAGAUGGAGGAGAGAAGAGGCCUGGAGCAGAUGGUUCGACAGAGGGAAAGGGAGAGAGUUGAAGGGCAGAGGGCAGCAAGAAGCUUCCAGUCAGUUCCUCCACUUAUAGAGCAGCAGCAGCAGAAGCGGGACACAGAGCAACUAUAUAGAGAAGAGAAAAUCAAAUGCAAGGUUCAAAUGCUUGACCUCAAGUUUCUGCACAGGCAUUUCUCUGCAUGGUAUUCUUUAGUGUUGGAUCAAAGGCUGCGUUUGGGUAAAGCCAUGGCCCUGUGUGACUGGAAGAGGCAGCUGAGGGCAUGGCGAGCAUGGCGGACUUUGGCGUGGGCUCAACGGAGGCAGCGAGAGGUGGCCAGAACAGAGGAGGAGCUACGAGCUGAAAACAGACAAUGCCAGCUGGCUGUGGAGAGUGACCGGAGACGGUUAUUACGGCGAUGCCUGAAUGAGUGGCAGCUGUGGUGUCGGAUGGAAAAGGAGCAACGAGAUCUUUUGGCCCAGCAGAAGGCGACACGGCGCAAGAUGGCUGCCUUAAUCAGUGCUGCCUCAACAGGCAAACUCAUGGCCACAGAAACCCCAAAACAUGAGCUGAUAAUGGCACCUCCUGAGGCUGCUGCAUCUGUUGAGCCAGAAACAACAAAUAAGGAAGAUCAUCACAGGUCAGGAACUUUGGCCCCUCACGCCUCCACAGUGCAUCAGAAAACAACCCCUCUAGGUGCUGUGACGCAUCCCUCUCAGCCAUGGCAGGUGACCCGACAUCAUGUAACACUGACCGCUGCUGAGCUCCAUGAGGCACAGAAGAAAGGUGAGGGCAAGGGUGAUGGCGUUCCCUUUCUGAAAAAAACAGGGUCGCUGGGCAGCAGGUUUGAGAACAGACACGCCGUCCAGCAGCAGAUCAUCACACAGCAGAGGAAGCUGCUAAAGGAGCAACAGGAGCAGAUAGCCCGACUGAAGCAGGAGCAGAGCAUGACCAACCUGGAGCUGGAAAUGGAGAAAACAGCUCAGCUUACCCAGCUUUCAGUGCUCAGAGGCCAGAAAGCAAAGAGUCAAAUGACUGGGCACACAGAGAAGAGGGUAAAGGGAGCUAAUGGAGAACAGGAAGGUCUCUGUGAACCUCCGAGGAAAGCAGUCACACAGCAGACAUGUUCACAUCCGAUCAUCACGGCCAUGGAGUCUCGCGCACGCCAGCGUGCAGAACGGAGGAAGGAAAUUGAGGAACUAAAACGAAAGAAGGAAGAGGAAAAACUGGCUGAGAUGAAAGCAGCUGAGGAGCAGAGGCAGAGAGAGGAAGAGGAGGAGAAACGCAGAGCAGCAGAGAAGAAGAGAGAGGAGAGACGACAGGAGAGGGAGAGAGAAGAGGAGAAACGGAGGCAACAGGAAAAGCAACAGGAGCUCCUGAAGUUGGCCCGUCAGCACUACCACAGAAACUUGCUUCUACGCAAAGGCCUGGCACCUUGGAUACGCCUCAUUCAGCUCAGACAGGCCAACAUACAGCUGGCAGACAGUCACCACAAUCUCUUCCUCCUGAGGCGCUGCACACAAGGCUGGCUGCAAUCAGCAAGAGAGUCCCUGUCUGAGAAGGAAGCUUCUGCUGACCGACUUUACCAGCACUUUUUGCUUCAGAGGAGCUUAAGCUGCUGGAAGAGACUAAAGGACUGGCAGAUGAUUCAAGAAGAGAGAGCUGAGCGUUUCUAUCGCACUCGCACUCUGAGGAGGUUUCUGCUUGCACUGCUGGACCAUGUGACCCAGGAGAGGCUGCUGGAGUGGGAUCGUCAGGAACUGUCUGAGGAGCACAAUAACAGACGGGUGCUGCGGCGAUGCUUCCUGGCCUGGAGGCAGCUCCCGUGUCUGCUGCGCAAAGAGAGAGAGAAAGAAGUGCGACGGGAGAGGCUGGGGCGUAAAGUGACGGAGAUUCUGCCUGACUUCUGCUCCCAUCAGCUGUAAAGACAUUGUGAGGAACAUUGGAGGAGACAAACUGAACACCCGCGAACAUUAAAAUCACUCUUGAUAUUUAUUUAUAUAAAUAAAUAAAAUAAACUUAUUACAGACUGGCAUAUACAAUUUUUAGGAUACCAAUAAAAGGCUUUCAAUCUCUUUAAGGACUAAUAAAAGCAGCGAUAAUGAAAACCACUAAAAC